GUGCGCCCCGCCGUAGCCUACCCUUUACUACAACUCUGGACAUAUAAAAGAGGACGCAAGAUGACAGACCGCUGAAUGUACCGGGAAGAUGAUGCACCUGACUUUUCUCUUGCUGGCUACGGUUGCCGGUGAGGCUGUGGCUGACCUUUACGUGACAGAAGCAUCGCUGCCUCCCGAGCUAGCCCUCAGUGUGCCGCCGGUGCCUACCCCCUCUGCACACCAUCAGUCGGAGUACGAGCCGUCCGGGAGUGUGAGAUCUGGCAGGUCCGCAGAAGAUUCACCCGCAACCACCGAGCACGGAGAGUCCCAUCACGGAGGAGGAGGUUAUAAAAUAGUACAGUGGGAAUGGAGUUAUGUUCAGACGCCUUAUAUCAUCGCCAUAUGGCUUCUUAUGGCCAGUUUUGCGAAAAUAUUGUUCCACUUCUCCCAGCGCUUCACCACCGUGGUGCCCGAGAGCUGCAUGUUGAUCCUGAUCGGGCUGGCACUGGGCGGUGUGGCACUGAUCACCAGCAAGGUGCCCCUGUACCAGCUGGACCCCAGCCUCUUCUUCCUCUUCCUGCUGCCCACCAUCGUGGGCGACGCCGGCUACUUCAUGCCCGCGCGCCUCUUCUUCGACAACCUGGGCGCCAUCGUCAUGUACGCGGUGGUGGGCACCUUGUGGAACGCCUUCUGCACCGGCCUGUGUCUGUAUGGCAUGAAGAUGAUGGGCGUCAUUGACCAAAAGGUGGAGGGGGGUCUGAUGGAGUUCCUGCUGUUCGGGGCGCUGAUCUCGGCCGUGGACCCGGUGGCGGUGCUGGCCGUCUUCGAGGAGGUGCACAUCAACGAGACCCUCUUCAUCAUCGUCUUCGGGGAGUCGCUGCUCAACGAUGCGGUCACCGUGGUGCUGUACAAAGUGUACAUUUCAUUUGUGGAGGUGGGCCCUGGCAAUGUUCAAACUGGUGACUAUUUUAAAGGAGUGGCAUCGUUCCUCAUCGUGAGCAUCGGCGGGACGCUGGUGGGUCUGAUCUUUGCUGUCAUCCUGGCCUUUACAACGCGCUUCACCAAGAAGGUGCGGAUCAUCGAGCCUCUCUUCGUCUUCCUGCUCGUCUACCUGGCCUACCUGACCGCAGAGCUCUUCUCCUUAUCUGCCAUCCUGUCGCUGACGUUCUGUGGCAUUGGCUGCAAUAAGUAUGUGGAGGCCAACAUAUCCCAGAAGUCCAGGACCACGGUGAAGUACACCAUGAAGACCCUGGCCAGCAUCGCCGAGACCAUCAUCUUCAUCUUCCUCGGCAUCUCAGCCAUGGACAAGUCCAAGUGGGCCUGGGACACAGGCCUCGUCUCCUGCACACUCAUCUUCAUCUUCGUCUUCAGAGCCAUGGGGGUCGUGGGUCAGACAUGGUUCCUGAACUGGUUCCGACUGGUUCCACUGGACAAGAUCGACCAGGUGGUGAUGUCGUACGGUGGCCUGCGGGGGGCAGUUGCCUUCGCCCUGGUGGUGCUGUUGGACAAGAAGCAGGUCAAAGCCAAGGACUACUUUGUGGCAACCACUAUAGUGGUGGUGUUCUUCACAUUCAUAUUCCAGGGAUUAACUAUAAAGCCGCUGGUGAGAUGGCUGAAAGUUCCUCGUGGUUCCAAGAGGAAGCCGACCAUCAACGAGGAGAUCCAUGAACGAGCAUUCGACCACAUCAUGGCGGCGGUGGAGGACAUCGCUGGCCUGAAUGGCUACCACCACUGGAGAGACAAGUGGGAACAGUUUGACAAAAAUUACCUCAGCAAGCUUCUGAUGCGCAAGUCUGUGUACCGCAAGAGUGAGUUGUGGGAGGCUUAUCAGAAGAUUAACAUCAGGGACGCCAUCAGUGUUAUUGACCAGGGAGGGAACGUGCUGACAUCUGCAAGACUCUCUCUGCCCUCCAUGGCAAGCAGAACAUCUUUCCCUGAAGCAACCACUGUCACCAACUACCUACGUGAGAACGGGAGCGGUGUUUGUCUGGACCUCCAGGUGAUGGAGACUGUUCCCAGUGUCAAAGUGGAGGAGGAGACGGAGACGCACCACGUCCUGGCUGGCAACCUUUACAAGCCCAGACGACGAUACCACCAGUCCCACUACAGCCGCCACUUCAUGGUGAUGGGGGAGCAGGAGCGGCAGGACAGAGAAGUCUUCCAGAGGAACAUGCGCAACCGCCUCGAGUCCUUCAAGUCCACACGCUACAAACGCCACAAGAAGGACCGCAGCCAGAAAAAGCGGAGAGGCUCCGACGUGAAGGAUAGGGACUUGGAGCCUAAUGAUAAACCCAGACGCAACGUCAGUUGGCAGGACAAAGAUCCAGUUGCUGUGCCCAUUGAGCAAGAGGACACCAAAGGUGAGCAGCCUGAGGUUGAGAAGGAGGAAGACAUGGGGAUCACCUUUGUGGCGCGCAAGGCCCCUGACACUCCCCUGAAAGAGCGACCCAAAUCAGUUCCGUCUGGGCUGGAGGGCUGCCAGAGCCCAACGGCUGCCCCUCCGUCCCCCACCUGCGCAGAGAGGAACCUGCCCUGGAAAGGCGGCAUGGGCACCUUACCCGUCUGCGUGUCCAUGGAGGCCACUAAGAUCAUCCCCAUAGACCUACAGCAGGCCUGGAACCAGAGCAUCUCCUCCCUGGAGAGUCUAGCCUCUCCUCCAGUCCCCGCCGAGCCCCAGCACCCACGCGUCAGCGCCCUCUCCAGGCUCGGGGGUCCUCCGGUGCGCCCUCUCUCCGCCGUGAUCCCGUCCACAGCCAUCCUUGGUGCUGCUGGGGAGAGCUCCAGUACGUCUUCUCCUGCUGCUCCCCCCUCCACCACCACCAGCAGCACCACCAGCACCGCCGCCAGAACGGAUUCGGGUGAGUUCCGCUUCCCGGGGGCAGAGGAAGAGGAUGAGAGCGCCCUCUCUCAGCAGCAGCAGGAAAUGCAGCCGCUCAUGUCCUCGUUGUCCUCCUCCUCCUCCUCUGCCGCGCGGGCGGCCCCUCCGCCACCACCUCUACUUGGGCAGGCAGCAGCCGCACGGCGGAGGAACCCCUGCGUGUACCUGAGGAACCUGGUCACGACACCACCAGGCAACGAGCCUUACAGCAGGGGGCCAACGCAGCUGUAGAGGCCAGCACAGCACACUACCGUCCACACCCCAUACACUACCCCAUACCUAGGGGUUCAUUUCUCGAAACCAUAGUUGUUAA